AUGGGGGUCCAUGUACCAGCCUUGCACCAGGGCGGGUGGGGCUUCACUCAACCCAAGGACAUUCACCCUCCCUACAGGGAACAGAAACCAGGCCACUGCAACAACAUCCUGGGGGAGGAGGACACAGAAGUUUGCUUGGCUCUUCUGUUUCUUGUGUCUGCUCGUGUGUCUGCUGAGCUCUUCCGGGACCCCGCCUUCCCUGCGUCGGACUCCUCGCUCUUCUCCAGCUUCUCCACGCCGCUGGCCCAGUUCCGGGAGGACAUCACGUGGAGACGGCCCCAGGAAAUUUGUGCUACGCCCCGGCUGUUUCCAGAUAACCCACAGGAAGGGCAGGUGAAGCAAGGGCUUCUGGGGGACUGCUGGUUCCUGUGUGCCUGCGCCGCCCUGCAGAAGAGCCGGCACCUCCUGGACCAGGUCUUUCUUCCGGGACAGCCGACCUGGCUCGACCAGACAUACCGUGGCUCCUUCACCUGUCGAGUUUGGCAGUUUGGACGCUGGGUGGAAGUGACCAUAGAUGACCGUCUGCCUUGUCUUGCAGGGAGACUCUGCUUCUCCCGGUGCCAGAGAGAGGAUGUGUUCUGGCUUCCAUUACUGGAGAAGGUCUAUGCCAAGGUCCAUGGGUCCUAUGAGCACCUAUGGGCAGGGCAGGUGGCAGAUGCCCUGGUGGACCUAACCGGUGGCCUGGCAGAAAGAUGGAACCUGAAGAACUUGGAAAGCAGCAGAAGCCAACAGGAUGGGUCUGGCGGCUCAGAACCCAAGACUUGUUGGCAGCUGCUCGGCCUCAAGGAGCGGUGUCUGAUCAGCUGCUCAGUGUUCAGCCCCAAGGCAGGUGCCAGGGAGCUGGGGGAGUUUCACGCCUUCAUCAUCUCGGACCUGCGUGAGCUCCGGGGUCAGGCUGCUCAGAGUAUCUUGCUGCUUCGCAUUCAGAACCCCUGGGGCCGGCGUUGUUGGCAGGGGCCCUGGAGAGAGGGGGGUGAAGGGUGGACCCAGGUGGACCCAGUGGACUCGGCAGAGCUGCUGUCCCAGCUCCAGGAAGGGGAGUUCUGGGUGGAUGAGGAGGAGUUUCUCCGUGAAUUUGACGAGGUCACCAUUGGCUACCCGGUCACGGAGGCUGGCCACCUGCAGAGCCUCUACUCAGAGAAGGUGCUCAGCCACACUCAGGAGCUGCCGGGGGCCUGGGUCCUGGGGCAGUCCGCAGGAGGCUGCCGGAACAACAGUGGCUUUCCCAGCAACCCCAAGUUCUGGCUGCGGGUCUCAGAACCGAGUGAGGUGUACAUUGCUGUCCUGCAGAGGCCCAGGAUGCGCACAGUGGACUGGGCUGGCCGGGCCCAGGCACCAGUGGGGGACAGCCGUGUGGUGUGGAGCCCGGCGAGCAUCCUAGGCAAGGACUACCCUGCCGUGGGUCUGCAUCUCUGGAAGGUGGAGAAGCGGCGGGUCAGCCUGCCCAGGAUCCUGUCCACACCCCCUGUGGCUGGCACUGUGUGCCAUGCUUACGACCGUGAGGUCCAUCUCCGCUGUGAGCUCACCCCCGGCUACUACCUGGCCGUCCCCAGCACCUUCUUACAGAAUGUGCCAGGACAGUUCUUGCUCCGGGUUUUCUCCAGUGGGAGAGUCUCCCUCAGUGCCAUCAAGACAGUGGUCCAGAGCCCUGGCCCUGGGGAGACCCUGUUGGCGGGAGAGUGGGAGACUGUGCAGCUGCAGGGCUCCUGGAAGAUCGGCCAGACGGCCGGGGGCAGCCGGAACUUUGCCUCCUACUCCAGCAACCCCUGCUUCCCCCUCACGAUCCCUGAGGGUGCAGGCCCCCGCUGCGUCCGGAUCACUCUGCACCAGCACUGCCUAGACAGCGACUGCCACCCCAUCGGCUUCCAUGUUUUCCAGGUUCCAGCGGACAAUGGGGGCCAGGGCACGCCCUCCCUGCUGCUCCAGAAGCCUCUGCUGAGCUGUGUGCCACAUUGCUACACCCAGGAAGUGAGCCGCGUCUGCCACCUGUCUGCAGGGACCUACAGGAUUGUGCCCUCCACCUACCUGCCAGACACAGAGGGGGCCUUCACAGUGACCAUCGCAACCAGAAUAGACAGGCGCUCCAUUCACAGCCAGGAAAUGCUGGGGCAGCUCCUCCAAGAGGCCUCCUUCAUGGCAGUGAUGAAGACCUAACUGGAUAACCCCACUGGAGUCCUCAGAGGCCUCCCUUGGCCCAUGAUGUCCUCACACAGCAUCCUUGCACGGUGCCACCAGCCUCAGUGCUGUAGCUGCCAGUCCUGCACUGAGCAGCUGCAUGUGCCUGUGGCACUGGGUGAAGGUUCCUCAUCCUGGAGAGAGGCAGCCCCAGGGUCAGGCAGGUGCUGCAGGGAGAGCAAGAAAGGCCCAACGCGAGUGUCCUGGUCCCCAAGCCAUGACAACAGCUCCGUGGAGUCCCUCGGGGCUCCAGAGAGGCCUCAGCUGACAGACGAGGGUGUCAGCACACAGCUGUUUGCAGCACUUCUGGAUGUAACUUUAUAUAUAAACAGGAAUACUGAGCAGUU